AGAAAAGUGAAGACGCAUCGGGAACACAUUACUGAUACCACACCAAGGGCUUGGAUUAUUCCCGGCGUGCUUCACUGAAGGUUGUGUUGUGGCAGGACUUUCCCUGGCUAGGGCACGAGCUGCCAUGCCAUUUGGUUGUCUAACACUCGGGGAGAAGAAGGAUUACAACAGUCCCUCAGAGGUGACCGACAAAUAUGACCUUGGACAAAUUGUUAAGUCAGAGGAGUUUUGCGAGAUAUUCCGGGCGAAGGAUAGGAACACCUUGAAAAUGUACACGUGUAAAAAGUUCCACAAAAAGGACGGAAGGAAAGUGAGGAAAGCUGCCAAGAAUGAGAUAAUGAUCUUAAAGAUGAUAAAACAUCACAACAUCCUUCAGCUGGUUGACACUUUUGAAACCAAGAAGGAGUAUUUCCUUUUCCUGGAGCUAGCUACAGGCAGAGAGGUCUUCGACUGGAUCUUAGAUCAAGGCUACUACUCGGAGAGGGACACCAGCAACGUUAUGCGGCAGGUGUUGGAAGCUGUGGCUUACCUGCACUCUCUGAAAAUCGUCCACAGAAACCUCAAGCUGGAGAACUUGGUGUACUUUAAUCGUUUGAAGCACUCCAAAAUUGUUAUCAGUGACUUCCAGUUGGCAAAACUGGAAAAUGGACUCAUUAGGGACCCGUGUGGGACUCCAGAAUAUCUCGCUCCUGAGGUGGUGGGGAGGCAGAGAUAUGGACGACCUGUGGACUGUUGGGCCAUCGGCGUCAUCAUGUAUAUACUUUUGUCUGGAAACCCUCCCUUCUAUGAUGAUGCCGAUGAAGACGACUGUGAUAAUCGUGAUAAGAACCUGUUUCUCAAGAUUUUGUCAGGGGACUACGAAUUCGAUUCCCCAUACUGGGACGAUAUUUCAGAUUCUGCCAAAAACUUAGUGGCAUCUUUGAUGGAAGUGGACCAAGAUCAGCGAUUGACAGCUCAGGAAGCCAUAGCCCAUGAAUGGAUUUCUGGAAAUGCUGCCUCAGACAAGAACAUCAAGGAUGGUGUUUGUGCACAAAUUGAAAAGAACUUUGCCAAAGCCAAGUGGAAGAAAGCCGUCAGAGUGACCACCCUCAUGAAGAGACUUCGAGCGUCCGAGCAGGGGGAUUCUGCGGCCUCUGGUCUCGCACCGGGGGCUGCAGCUGACCCCAACACGCCCGGCGUCACUCCUGCUGCUCCAGCAGGUGGCGGCGGCGGCGGCGGCGGCCUUCUCGCUGCCGCCAUAAAAGCCGGUCUUAGUGAAAAGGCUCCUGACACACAGACUGCUAGCAUGUCUGCGCUCUCCCUGCCCAAUGCAGCCAGACAGGAGGAGCACCAGCAGUCACGGUGCAACGGCGACGUUCCCCAGGUGCUGCCGCCGAGAAAAGGAGACUAGGCAUCGAUCGAAUGCAAGAAAACCAACCUACAAGCACAUGCGCAGUACAGCCAGUAAAUUUGGAAUCAUGAUAUCGUGUCUAUGCUGUCCGACUAUCCCCCAGUUUGCAGAAUUAUUCCACAACUCCAUGCAUUUCACGUUCCUGCCUCCUGUACUGAUUGGUCUAUUGAAUAGUGUUCUCCACUCUCCCCUGUUCUU